AUGCAUUCUCCAAUCCAGCUCGCAGCCGUUGUCCUCCUCGCCAUGAGCGGUGUUGUCUCUGCCGUUCCUGGCAAGACCACAACCCCAGCCGCUCCCCCAGUCUAUGGCGGAACUUCGACCACUUCUACUAAGAAGGCCAGCCCCACUUGCAGUCUCAGUACCAUUACUGACAAAUCCGUUGGAUAUUCUACCUACACCACUGCCAAGCUCAUUACCAAGCAUGUACCCACCACAGUAGUCACGCCAUGGACCUCCGAGAAGGUCAAGACUAUUCCCUACACUACUACAAUCACGAAACACGUGCCAUACACCUCUACGAAGACUGUGACAGUCACCAAAUCCACUUCAAAGGUCACCAAGAGCACCACAAAGGUCGGCGUGCCAACCACUGUUUGGUCCACGUACACCACCAGCAAGCCCGUUGUGCAGACCAAAUACACAGACAGUGUCAUCGAGGUCACUGCACCUUGCACCACUGUCAUCGAGACGGUCACCACGGAGACUGGCUCUCAUCCCAGCACCAUUGUUUCCACCGGAGCAUCUGUCACGACCAAGCACGAGACUGGAGCAUCGAGCUACACCACCAAGGCACCAAGCGUCAGCACCUCGAUCUGCACCGAGUCCAAGCCAUUCACCACCACAAAGUACACUACGACGAGCAUCUGUGGUCCUAAGCCAUACUAG